AUUAUUAUACAUGAAUAUUCAGUAAAUAUUUUUUCUGUCAUCUAAAGUAGUCUAGCAAAACAUCCAUUUAUUUUUUUGUGUUAAUUUGAUUAAAUUACAACAUAACGCAUGUUCAAACACAGCCGGACACAUUGCGGUAAUGAGAAUUUCAGCAGAAAAUGAGAUAAAAUUUACAAUUGUAAAUUCUUAUGUUGAAAUCACACAUUGUGCAAGGUAGAACACAGUAUUGUGUUAAUUCUGAUGCUUUUUAAUGUUACUAUAUUACACAUUUUAAAGCUAAAAUCAUUAGUGCCGUGGUGUUUCAAUGGUUUCGUGAGAAUCACCCAGGCAUCCUAAACACUUUUUGGCUUUGCUUAUUCAUCAGCAGAUGAAGCUUUCAGAAAUUCAGACAUGGCCUCUGCUUCUGCUUUGUGAUAUCAUAAAUCUAAUAACUUUUAAUGCACAGCCUAAUUAAUAUUAUUAAACUGAACCCUCACCAUUCUGUGAUGACCAAAAUUCUGAUUAUUUCCUCCCACUGUAUACAGUCCUGUCACUCAUAACAGAACAAAAUAAAGUACAACCUUUUUAAUUAUAAUUACAAUUUAGUUUUAAAUAUACAUUUAUAUAAAAAUAUUAUUUUGUAGUUUAUAGAGUAUGCCAGAUUUUCAUUUCACUACUAGUAUUGAGUAUGUGACAAAAUAGCAUAAUUUAAACGUGCCAUAAAGGCUUAAAAAAACAUUGCUGCACCAUUAUUGUUCUCACAAUUGUAUUUAUCAAAUAAUCCUACUAAACAUCUUUCAGUUAUAAAUAGUAAAGCAUGUGAAGGAAGUAGCAUUAUAAUGGUCUGCAGUUUGUGUAGCUUGUGACACCAAUUUCCUAUUUGUCUGGACUUCUCUGUUUGUACAUGUACUCAUCACAUGCAACCUCUUAUGAACAAAGAGAGAGAGAGAGAGAGUCCUGCUGCGCCCUCUGCUGGUCAUUGGUCAACUUCCUAAUAAUUGCUAAAUAAAAGAUUCACUAGUGCAUUAUGAGCUUUAAACUGUACAUAAUGCAUUUUCACAAUAUUUAAAAUACGGAAUAUGACUUGGUAAGUUAGUGAAUUUAGGUUUGAAAAUGACAACAAGCCAUCUAUGUAACACAUACAUACACAGCGUAUCUGAAUUUGUCCUCUAGAGGGCGCUGUGUUGUGUUGAUCGUGUUGUAGUUUCAUUAUAAUUCGGCUCUUUCUGAUCAGUACACACAUCGUUGGGAUUGGGUGCUCUGGGUCCGUUUGAGUUUUUGGACUCUCCAGCUGGUCUCCACUGGUUUUCAGCGGGUUUUAUUCUGGUUCAUUUUAAGAGAGAAACGCGACGCUGGAAAGAUAAACGAGGCGUUGUUUUUGUGUCGAUGAUGUUUUGGAUAUGUGUGAAAUGGUGACGGUGUUAAUGUCAGUGGUCAGCGCGGAUCUGUCACUCGUGUAACAGCGGGACUCUUUGAACUGUUAAGGUAAGAUUCAUUUGUCUCUGGCAGUUUUCUUAUAUUUCAUUUAAUUGGAUCUCCUCAGAUCAGAAUGACGCUGACGUUGACCCCUGCGGCCGUGUGUCAGUGCUUCACUCUUGUGUCGCUGUGCACGUCUAUCGCAGACCCCAACUGGAUCCAGAUCCAAAAUCGCUCUGAAACGAAUGGCAAACAGCUCAUCUAUGGGGUGUCUUUUACUCUACACGCAUAUCAGAAUCUCACAGACACAGGUCCGCUGGGUGGACUCAAUGGAUGGGGAAUGUGGCUGUUGUAUGCACUAGCAGGUCUUUGUUACCUCGCAGUCCUGUUCUCCAGUUUAUCUUUCCUGCUGGACUUUCUCGGCACAGCUUUCCCUCACCACCGACUGGUGACCUCACUGCAUAUAUCAACAGCAUUUAACUGCCUGGCGGUUCUGGGUGUGUGUGUAACCUGUCUGUGUGUGAUUGAACGAAACCUGCAGCGAGGGAGACAAGACUCACGGCCGGGCCGAUCGGGGAGCAGCCCGUCUGACGGUCAAAGUAAAGGACUGCAGGUGUCUCCGGGAGAAAGCUUGUACAUUGAGAUGCUAGGCCUGAUCUUCUCUGUUAUGGCCUGCGCUUUUGCCAUCAAGGGUGGACCAGAGCCCAUCACACCCCGUGACUACCUGAGCGUGGACACAGAGGACGAUGACCUGACCGAGCCUUUGAUUGGUGAAGCCGAGCUGGAGGAGGAGUGAAUGGAUGUUAGAGGUUCACUAGAUUUAUGUGCUUAAUGACAGGAAACAAGUGAGGUGCACAAAGAUGCUGAGAGUCUUCAGGUCUUUAUCUCAGGAGCACAUGGAUCUUUCUGGAAGUGUUGGACAGAGUAAUGGGGCGUACACUCCAAAGGCAAAUUCAACGAUUUAAUGAGUAGAUUACAGACAAAGUCAAAGCAAAGACGCAAAUAGAUGCGAACUGGGCGAUGCAAAUGAUGUGUUUUGGGGGCCGUGGUUGGCGUGAAAAAUAUUCAACUCAAGCGAAAAAUUUGCAUGAUCCGGCGAGUAAUCUAGUGCGAGGAAUGCGAUGCUUCGCGUUUGGUUUGUACGCAGCCCCACAGAAUGUCAAAUUACGUUUUAACUGAAAUGAGAGGAAGAGGAGUUUACACCAUUGCCGAUUUGAGCAAAACUUUUGCAUUAUUUUUUAAAUGUCGACAAAAAACUAUUGCGAAAUGACAGCGUUUCCAUAAAUCGAUGAUGCGACUAAACGUAGUUUUUUCUUUUACGAUACGUCAUUCCAAACAUCACAUCGACUGAUUUUGGUAUGUUUACUAAAUCACAUCCACCGCACUAGCCAUUAUUUAUAACCAAAGCAGACGUAAGAGUAUUAUCCAAACAUUAAUGCCAAGGAGCAGCACAUAUAGGUGGUUUUCUUCUUUUUUCGAGGGCGCUCGAUGUGAAGUUCGUCACAAAAUGUAUGUAGCUCGUCAUGUGUGUGGUUCGUAAUUUCAAAAUAUGUUUUCUGUGCGUCGAGUGAUCCUAUGUGCAUCACGUGUCUUGUCAAAAUAAGUGCCUGCUGCAGACACGUCUAAAGGGUUUGUGAUAAAAGAGACGCUCGCGUUUGCCAGAUACUCGCAUAAUCUCAUACGCAAUCAGAGUUUAGUGUUAAGGGAGUGUCUUGUGCAUAUGUUGUGAACGUGUCUCUUUUAUCAUAAAUGGUUUUGACGCGUGUGCAGCAGGCACUUAUUUUGACAAAUUGAAUUUUGAAAACACGAGCAACACACAUGACACUCCUUGGAAGAGCAGUCACCAGCCGCCACUGGCAGACACGUAUUGAGUUGUUUCUGUGAGGUUUAAUACAUACUGAUACUGCGUCAUCUUCAAAUAAUAAUGAUGUGACUUGCCAUUGUUGUUUUGCAAAAUACACCUUGCCUGAAAAACCCCCUCAUGCGAGCUUAAAAACUUUUUUGCUAAAUUGACAUGUUUCCAUUAGCUGCAUUUUCAAUUCGCAAUGUCAAUUUGUCAAAUGUAAGUUUUGUGGGGAAAAAAGGUAAAAAUGAUAUUAGUAAAUUUGCCUACUCGGAUGUAUUUACAACAUUUUUCUUAAAGGUGCAGUGUGUAAAUUUUAGCGGCAUCUAGUGGUGAGGUUGCGAAUUGCAACCAAUGGCUCAGUUCACUGCUCACCCCUCGCUUUUGAAACGCAUAGAGAAGCUACGGUAGUCGCCACCGGACAAACAUGUCAUCUUCGGAGACAACUUAGUAAAAAAGUUUGUCCGUUAAGGGCUUCUGUAGAAACAUGGUGGCACAAAAUGGCGACUUCCAUGUAAGGGGACCCUCGGUGUAUGUAGAUAAAAACGUCUCAUUCUAAGGUAAUAAAAACAUAAAGGUUCAUUAUGUAAGAUCUUUAUACACCCCUGAUAAUAUAGUUUUGUAUAUUAUUUUGCAUUUCUGUCAAGAGAUCCUUCUAAAAAUUACACACUGCACCUUUAACUAGUUUCUCUAAACUAAGUUACAAUAUUGGGCAAAGUCACACAACUUGUGAUAUGAGCGUUUCUGUAAUUCUUACAUUUUGUGAAUCUGCUUUAUGUUGACUUUGAGGUGAAGUAUGUUUGUUAAUUUGCAAAUACAAAUUUCUAUCUGUGACUUUGACAAAUAUCGCUGAUUGUAAUUAAAAAUCACUGAAUGUUCUGGAAAUAAUUCACAACAGAUGUAUAAGUUUCUUUCAGUGUAUGAAUUUGCAUGAAUGUCUCUAAAUGUCAUUCAGGUUUAGUUUCCGAGUCAAAUCUGAAUUAUAACAUGUUUCGUUUUAGAAAGUGAUUAAAUUUUUAUUUCUAAAAACUCCCGUCUGUCUGGUCAGUCACGUCUCUUGCAACAUUCAAAAAACUAUUAAAAACUCAAUUCUUGACAAA